AUAUACAGUAUGUGGGUUUGUUUUGGUGGUUGUUGUUUCAAAAUGAAAGCUUCUUCAGUUCUUUCUAUCCUCGUGUUGCUGCUUGCCGUACUCUUGCAAGAACUGAAAGUGAAUGCGCAAGAUGAUGACCGGUGUCUCGUAAUAUGCACUGCUGACUGGAACCCAGUCUGUGGCUCGAAUGGUAAGACUUACCCCAACAAAUGCGAACUUGAUGGUGAAAACCGCUGUCUCCGACCUAGUGGUCCUUUGGUCACUAUAGCACAUGAAGGUCCAUGUAGCCCCACUACUGAAGCUAACAAGUAGAGAGCUACAAGAAAUAUAAUGACCUCGGGCUUUGACAAUCUCUAUCUUACAUGUAUGAACUUGAAUGUUAAUCAGAGUUUAAAUAAAAUAAAGCAUUUAA